AUGGAUGAAGCGUAUGCUUCCCCCGAUAGCGACGGCCACGCUUCACUCCCCUCCCCUACCGAUACCACAUUUGAUCUUAAUGGUACGAUACCCCCCUCUAAACAUAACUUUGACACUCAAGGAACCUCCGUAACGGUUAAUAGAUUUACCCCUCAAGCGGCGGGGGAGAAAAGGUGAACAUGAACCGAUCAUUAUUUCAUCCUCCUUUCUCCACACGGAAGAAGAUUCCGACGAUGACGGUUAUAUCCCAAAACCAAAAACCGACAAGAACGAUGCGGACUCAAUGCAAUCCUCGCCCCCCGGCAUGGAAAACCGUUCUAAUAUCCUUGCGCCUGUUGACGCCAAUGAUCCAAACUCACAAAGACGACAGACAAGAAAUGUUUCAGGUUCACUGCUGGCGCAAGAAGGGCCGAACGAGAACACUGAUCCGGAGGGGAACGGUGUGGGUGGUAAAACGGCAGCGGACGGCAAGUCUGAGCCUGCGCGCGAGUCUAGUAACGGUUACGGACCUCCGGAUCCCAUUGUGGUCAAGAAGUAUCGAGGUGGGGCUUCAGUUCACAGGGAAGAUUCUACAAGACAUGGCGCCCACUCCCCGCAAGGCACACAGUCGCCGGAAAGUGGCUCUAGCGCCCCCGAGGAGGGCGACUCCACUGUAAUCUCUAAAAUUCAAGAUGCAAGUUCAGAUUCGAGAUCUUUAAUACCCGUGCCUAUUGCCGGCUCCUCUAGACGAAUCGGCUUGCGGAGAGCCCGGGGCAGCCCGGAUAAGAUAGCCGCAUCUUCUCCGGUACCCCCGUCCUCCGAACAGGGCACCCCAAGCCCAUCUCAACUCCUGGACUAUCGGCAGUGGCUCAAUUCGGACGAAUAUUGCGAUGAUUCUAUCGAUGGUAGUGACCGCGAAGAAUGCUCGGCCCGUACUGCCCGGGUCCGCGGUUCACAGGCUGAUGCUUUUGCUGGAGAGUCUGGGUUUGUCGGGGGGGACGAAGCGUCAUUUAUCAGUGGAAAAGACAUUGAAUUUACCAGUGACGAGAUUGAGAUUUUGGGCGAAGAGUUUUCCAGGAAUUCUCCAUUUGCCCGUAGGGCCCUUCUUGGGCCGCUGCGGCUCCCCGAAGAGGUGGUGCGCGAGAAUGCCGAGCACGACUUGAGCCUGGUAUCGUCAAUCCCAGAGGAACUGCCUGCAUCCCCAGAUUCAUCAAAGUUUUCGGACAGACCACAUGAAAGCCCGGCAAUGGAAUCAAAUGAGAGCACGAGACUCGAUAACCCCCGUCCCGGGACUUCAACAGGGAGCAGCGAAAAAACCGAACAUUCAACAGAAGGCUCCACAGAAAGUAAUACAGGCUUGACAGGAAUAGGACCUAUUAAUCCUGGGUACGGUGGACUCAGCUCCGGGAGUGAUAAGUCGGCAUUAAUCGGGCCCGCCGAGUCCAUGGAUUCAUCCCAAUCUCCGGGAGAUCAUAUAUCUAAGAGCGUGCCAGAUUACACUUCACAAUUAAACCCCCCGACGACAAUCUCGCUUGUAGUGAAGGGGGGUUCAAGCAGCUCCACCACACAAUCCACUUCCAACCAAUCUGCUCUUCGGCCUCCCGCUCAGAAGGAGAAUUCGUCGGAGCCAUCCUGCAGCGAAUCUGCGGUUCUUGGACCAGGCUCUAUGCCCAGGUCUACUCCAGUUACCAAUACUGGAGCAUCCCAGCAGGUAGGCCCCUCCAGGGACUCAAGCCCUAGCUCGGGCAAAGCAGUGAUACAGGAUAGCGAUCCCGAGGCACCAUCAAUACGAUUAUCUCGCUCAUCCUCACCAUCGCUCGGGCCCGCCGAGUUUUGCCAGACUGGCGGCGACGAUCCAUUCCCCGAGACAACUGCAAGGAACAUCUCCAGUUUUCAAGCAGACUUUUCCCAUUCAAAAAUCUAUUCGGCGGCGCUCAUUGCUACCUCCACUCCCAGGAAUAGGUACGAACCCGACUACGUGACAAAACUUAAGCAGGGCGGCAACGUUCGUCGGGUUUCCAUGAAUACCCCUCCUUCAGCAUCUCCGAAAUCCAUAUCCGCAACCGAAGUGCUCGCUCACAGCCCAAGAUUCUCAUCCUUGGGUAGUGGGUUCGAUUUUCCCACAGAACCAUUGAGAUUGUCCAAUUGGGACUCCCCUGAUGCCUCAUUGGAGUUUUCCCCUAUAUUGCCAAUCGACAGGUCCCACAGGAGCAAUGGCGACGAACCUCCACCAAAUACAGCCAAUCUUACACCCACACCCCACGUUGUUGGUGGCAAGGGGAGAACUAGGAGUAGGAGUGUUCCGGUAGAUUCCACGAAAGGGAAUGUCCAAGAAAAGCGCCUGUUCGAUCCGGGGAGGCUUGGAGAAAACGUUCCCGAAGAAAUCACGUAUUUAUUCAUUUCCGCCUAAAUAUCCAAUGUCCGUGAAUACUUACCGAUUAUAGUGAAAAACCGACGCUACCGCCAAGCCCAAGUUUUGCACAGUCAACCCCCUCCAACAUAAACCGUGGGUCGCGCUCCCGAGGAGGAGACGACGAGACAAGAGAUUCAUUUGAGUAAGUCUUCCGUGUCGGCGGCUUCUGUCUAUUAGGAUAUGAGUUGAUCGUGUGUCCCAGCGAUGACGGAAACCGUAGAGGUAUAUGGUCGGAAUUCUCUGAGGAUCUAAGCUUCCGACCAGAAGCCGAUGCCCCGGAGACAGUUGGGGCUAACCCCGAGACUCGGAGCCUGAACUUUGGCGAUGACCUGUACCAGCUUGAUAUCCCACACUCUGUCGGGGAAGACACCAAAGAUUCAAGUCAUGAAGAUGAUUCCAGCCAGCCCAGCCGGGCGUUGCUUUCCCCGAUGUCACGGCCUGAGGUGCUCGGCGACGAAUUGCUAAAGCUUCUCCAAAACGGCAAUAUCAAUUCCGAGCAGCCCGAAGGCCAAUCCGAAAGCAUGAGCAUGCCUACAAUAGGGCAGGGCAGCACCCUAGGACAAAGCCUGCCCUCAGGAACUAGGCCGGAGGUACUUCAAGCGAAAAUUACCCAGCUUGAAGGUGUAGUCAAACUCCUAAGUAAGCUCGAACAAGAACAUCGACUGGCCAGACAAGAACAAGAAACACUUGUUUUCCAUUGGAAAAACCAACACACAGAAGUCCACCAAACCGUUCAAGUUUUGGAAGGCUGUGUCGAGAGACUUGAAAAAGAGGUCCGGAAAAACAUGGAAGAGCGAGAGGCCCAAGCGAAGAGCCAUUCUGCCAUGGUUGACAAGAUGAGCAUGGAGCACCAGGAGGAGGUCCUGAAGCACAGGCAACAGGCAUCAAUGAGUUUGGAGGAACGCAUCAAGUACUAUGAGGAGAGAUAUAAGCAGCACCAGAAGGAAGCAGAAGAAAAGGAUCGCACGGUGGCCCAUCUUAGGCAAGCCCUGGAAAUGAGCGCCCAUAAUUUACAGCAAGCGGAAGGGGUGGGAAGCGAUCAGCAACUCCGCAACGUCAUAAUCCAGCUCGAAGACAGGCUAAAGAACGCUGAAGAGUCACAUCGCGCGGAAUUAGAGGUGAUAGAAGCGAAAUAUACGAAUAUUCUGGAGGAACGAGGCGCAUUGGUAAAGCACCUACAAGCGGAACUCGACGAGAUGGUGAAUCUCAUGCCCGUCGAUCACGGUUCGUCCAGAAUGAUCGAGGAGGAGGAAGCCGACGAAUGGCUCGAGGAAAAGUCUCGAGAGAUUAGCCAAUACUACGACGACGGCCUCGCCCAGAUUAUCACUGAACUGCAUGGAGGCGGCGAAAGGGAGGACUUUGACGAGGCUGCUGAGGAGGCAGAAAUGAGUCUAAGACGUGUGGCCGAAGAAGCCGGGUUGGAUGAGCCACUCGACAAAGCUACCCUCGCAGCAUUCGGGAUCAGACAAUUGAGGACUGAAUAUGUAUUGUUGAAACGACUGUUGAUCGAGAGUGAAGGGCGUGUCAAGGAGCUAAUGCAAGCCAACGACGAGAUGGGCAGACGCGGAGAGCAGAUGAGGAGUAAAGUCGGAGUCCUGGAAGGCGAAAAAGAGGCUAUCAAACGCACCGUUGCGGAAGCAGAAGAGAAAGCCAAGAAGCAUUCCGAAGAGCUCGAAGCACUCAAAGCGAAGCUGGCGGAGAUGGAAAAGCGGAUCAGGCAACUGACCCUAGAGAAGGGCGAGCUAAGCAAAAAGAACCGUGACCUCGAAGAUCGAGCUAAAGCUCUAGAAGGCGAUAAAUCAUCCCUCCAGCGACUGGUCAGCGACACCAAGCGUCUCAACGAAAUCCUCAAAACCCAGCACUCGGAAGAAGAAAAGCGAGCUCAGUCCUUUGAAGAAGAAAUCCUAGGCCUCCGCCGCCAACUGGCCGAGGAAAACGAGCACGUCGGCGUGAUUGAGACCGAAACGCUGUCCCUCCGGCAGCAAAUGACAGAAUUGGAAGAAAGUAGCGCUCUCCUGGAAAAGUCCAAACAAGAUCUCGAAGCCCGUGUCAAGCGGAUACCAAGCCUAGAAAAGGAAAUCCGUUUCCUGGAGUCCAAACUCGCAGACCUUGAGACCGCCGGCAACGAAGGCGGAAGCGAGGAUUUGGAGGCACUAUCUCGCCAACUGCAAUCUUUGGAAGAAAAGCUCCGCCUCUCAAACGACCAGCACCAGAUCUCAACCUCCACAGUAGCCCACCUCCAGCAAACCCUCUCCACGACCGAGCUCGCCACCCGCAAACUUACCAAGGAAAAGGAAUGCCUGAAGAAAGACCUCGACAAAGCGGCCCAGGAGUCUAAAGCCUCCCGCAUCCGCUUCGCCCAACUCCUCCACGACACGGCGGAGAAGGAAGCGAAAUGGAAUGCCUCACGACAAGCCCAAGACUCGCAAUCGCACCGCCAAACGGCCGCGUUCGAAGACCUCCUGUCGGAAAUCUACGACGAGGAGAUACUAGCACAGGUUGGCGGUGAUAAGAUGGCUAUGCUCCGCGAGGUUCUCGAGCGCAAGGGAAGAGCAGCGGGUGAGAGCGAGGAGAAGGUCAGAAGGUAUAAAGCCGCCGCCAAGAAGUGGGCCAAUGAGUGCGAGAGGAACAAAGGCAGGAUCGAAGAGCUAGUGGCGGAGGUGAAGGAGUUGGGAUUGAGGUUGAAGGCGGAGAAGAAGAGCUGUGAUGAAAAGAUGGGGCAGCUGAUUCUUGCGCUGAGGAGGGAAUAG